UAAUUUCUUUUAUGUCUUCCAAUAAUUAAUUGUAUCUGUUAAUUAAAAAUCUCAGAGGACACUAGUCGUACUACUACUGUCACAGCUCUCUUCUUCCUUCUUCUUCUCCUGUAGAUCCACACCACCUUCUUGGCUUCUACUGUCUUCUUCUCGAAUUUCUCUCUCCUCUCUUCGACAAUGGAGACGAUGAAGUUCAUGGCAGCUUCAUCAAUGGCGAUUCUGCUCAUUUUGUGUUUGGUCACCGACAUUCAAGCGUCGGUGCACGAUUACAGAAGCCAGAAAUUCGUUUCCAAGGGUAAUGCCUUCGUCGUUCAUGGUGGAAGUGAAGGAAUCUACGCUACUUCCAAUACCGAUUCCUUUAUUCGAUUUGAGAAGAUUACACUUGAAAGGCCCAAGUCGUCCUCUAACUUUAGCUCAAGGGUACAUGCCAUAGUUUUUGAGGUAGAUGACAGAGAAACAAUUGGUGGUUCAGCAUAUGGAGGCCAAAGAGCUGUGUGCUGCACCCUGGACCUUGCAAAACUUGGUGUUUGUAAACAGGGUGAUUUAAUUCACCGACAAUCUGCCAAAAAUCCUGACUGGCCACAAGUUUUUGGUGUCUCGUUUGAGGUUGAUGAAUUAGAAGCAACAUUUGCAUCAAGAUCAAUUCAGAUUACAAAACCUGGGAUGUACAACUUAUACUUUAUCCAUUGUGAUCCAAGCCUGCUGGAUGUGGUUGUAGAGGGGAAAACCGUAUGGAAAAACCCUACCGGUUAUCUACCAGGUCGAAUGGCUCCAUUCAUGAAAUUCUACGGGUAUAUGUCUCUUGCAUUUGUGAUGCUUGGGAUUUAUUGGUUCAGUCAAUAUGCAAGAUCUUGGAAAGAAAUUAUUCCCUUGCAGAAUUGCAUAACACUAGUCAUAACAUUGGGCAUGUUUGAGAUGACCUUCUGGUACUAUGACUAUGCUGAGUUUAAUAAAAGUGGGAUACGGCCAAUAGGGAUCACUGUGUGGGCUGUAACGUUCGGCACUAUCAAACGUACUGUUUCACGAUUACUCAUCCUAAUGGUUUCGAUGGGCUACGGAGUUGUUAGACCUACUCUUGGUGGUAUCUCAUCCAAAGUUACUAUGCUUGGAGCGACUUUCUUUCUCGCAUCUGAGGUCCUUGAAUUGGUGGAAAAUGUUGGUACCAUCAGCGAUCUUUCAGGAAAAGCUAGACUAUUUUUGGUUCUACCAGUAGCUUUGUUGGAUGCUUUCUUCAUUUUAUGGAUAUUCAACUCUCUUUCUGCCACAUUAAAUAAGCUUCAGGCUCGUCGGAUGAUGGCUAAAUUGGAUAUCUACCGGAAGUUCACUAAUGCUUUGGUAGUAGCUGUUAUUGUGUCUGUUGGUUGGAUAGGCUAUGAGUUAUAUUUCAAGGCAAAUGAUACACACAAUGAGCAUUGGCAUAAUGCUUGGAUUGUUCCAGCAUUCUGGCAAGUUCUUUCCUUCUCUUUACUAUCUGUGAUCUGCAUCCUCUGGGCGCCUUCCCAAAACUCGACAAGGUAUGCUUACUCAGGAGAUGAAGAAUUUGAUAAAGAUGACACUUUAACGCUCAUAAAGCCAGCCUCGAUCCCUUCAAGUGAUAUCCGAAGCCCCUCUGAUUCCCGCCCAUUGCAAGACAGAUCGUUGCAAGACAGCAAAGGAAUGUCUAACGAUGAAUCAGAGGAAGAGAAGACUGCCUAAUUUGUGUACUCCACAAAGAUUUCACUACAAAAUCUUCAUUUUCCAGCAUCUCGACAUUCGAAGAUACCAAUUAACCUCUUGAUGCUUGUUUGCCCUCAAAAGAAAUGAAUUACACAAGAGGACAUUGAAGCCUUGAAAGGAAGCAAGGGGAAAACAACCUUUUUGUUGGGUUAUUCUGUUAUAAUAGUAGUAGUAGUUAUUUGUUCCACUAUAAAAUUCAUAAAGGGUCAACUUUAGCAUUUGUUUAGUCUGUAGUUACUAAUUAUAGUUAUAGUUCUUUGUUCUUUUUUAUGCAUAUAAAUUUUGUGACCAUUCAUGACUUUCCUUCUUUCUCCAUUUUAACAACUUUUA